AUGAACGGCAAACAGCAGGUAAAUAUCAGGUUGUACCUGAUAAACGUAAACACGUCUCUACGUUUCUCGAUUACAGCCCGCGGCUGUGGCAAAGCGGCGAUCGAGUCCAAGUCGAAUUGCACGAUGAAAGAGAUGGGUCUGUUCCAAAGGGACUUCGCCGAGCACUACUCCAGACAGAACGCCCUACCGAGGGCGAGGAUCCGCGUGAAACCCUUCGACGUGGAGACCACGUUCGCGGAACUGUCCGCGGAGAAGAAGUAUCAUCCUAGCAAGUACCACGGUCCGGACUCUCAAUUACAUUCGGCAGUUUACCCCGCCGUUUGCAUAAUGAAAGUGUUCGGGUUGGCGCCGUACGAUUUCACGGGCGAUCAGAUAGUGCCCUCCAACGUCUGCCUGGUGUUUUCCUUGGUCUUUCUGGUCCUCUACUCCUACAUCAUAUACAUGGUGUUCAUGAAGUUCAUCGUGACGAAACGUGAGAAGUCGAUCGUGGCGGCGGUCGAGACUGCAAAGGUGAUCGUCAACUACCUGGUGGCCGUGUACGAACUGAUCACGACCGCGUUGAACAGACGGUCGUUCGCCCGUAUCUGGAACGGUCUUCAAGACUUCGACGAGAAGCUCGACAGGCUCGGUUACCCGCGGAAGGAGAUCAAGACGAAGAUCUGCGUCUGGGCGCUUCUGAUCACCCAGACCAUCGCCUGGACUCUGAUCAAUCUCAGCGGCAUGUACGCGUAUUCCGAGGAAUGGGCCUUCAACAUCAGCUACAUGUGCAUUUACCUGGGCACCGCGAUAUCCGUGUACAAGUUCUUCGGGAUGGUGACCUUCAUCGGCCAACGCUUCCGUCAGCUGAACCUGAUGGCCAGGGAGAACCUGCCGCCGAAGAUCGGUUACAAGAGCAGCACCGUCAGCAGAAAGACUGUCCAGGAUCUUCAUAGCGAAUUAAUGGUGAUCGCCGAGACGCUCAACAGUAUCUACUGGUGGUCGUUGUUGUUCUGGCUGGGGAACUUGUCCGUGCACAGCGUCAGCAACCUGUACUUCAUAAUCGAUUGGGUGAUGUUGACGCCCUGGUCGACAAUACCCUGGCGCAUGCUGUUCAACAUGUUGGUCUGGCUCAUCGUCUACAUAGCUCAGCUUUUGGCCCUCCACAUUGCCUGCGAUAAUGCGACCACGGAGGCGAAUUCCAUGGGCGCCAUUAUCACCGAGUGGAACGCCAGAGUAAUGAAGAAAUUUCCACACGACGAGAGCGUUCGCACGUCGUUGCAUUUUUUGAACAGGCGUCUCCGUUUCUCCGCCGGCGGGCUUUUCGACGUGAAUCUGCCGCUUCUGUGCUCGAUCAUCGGGGUACAGUCGACAUACCUGAUCAUCCUCCUGCAGUUUCCAGCCUGA